AUUAAAGUGGGCACUAAAGGGUUAAUCUGCAGGUUAGACAGGUGUGAUUAAUGAUGUUGUCAGAGGGUUGAGGUGAAGUGAAUAUUGCUCCAAAAUAAAAGCCCUGAGUCCUCAGUCAUCCCGUUAUAGAGUUUCUUUGGGGAGAGUUUUUCCUCAGUGGAUGUGAGGGUCCGAGCAUAGAGUGAUGGUGCCUGCUGUAAACCCUCUGAGGCAGACUGUGGUUUGUGAUAAUGAGCUGUGUCCUCUGUUGUCUCUCAGAAUCUACAUCGUCCAUGACGAGGUGAAGGACAAAGCCUUUGAGCUGGAGCUCAGCUGGGUCGGAGAAGUGACAAAUGGACGACACGAGCUGGUGCCCAAAGACGUCCGAGAGGAGGCUGAGAAAUACGCCAAGGACUCUCUGGAGGAAGAAGAUGACUCUGAUGAAGACAACAUGUAACGUCAUCUGCUCUCGCUCACAUCACUCUGUUUUUUAUGUUUUAUAGUUGAACUUUUCUCUUGUUUUUGCUUUGGAUCCAUUUCA